AUGACCUCUUUAGUGAAGCAGCAGAGAAACAUUUGUGUUCUUCUUCCUAACAAACACCAGCUGGAGAUCACGGUCGGGUUAAAGGCCACAGGGCUGGAUGUUUUCAACCGGCUGGCAGAGCUUCUUGAUAUCAAAGAGAUGCACUUGUUUGGCCUCACAGUAGUGCGAGACAAUGAGCACAUAUUUUUAGACAUGGAGGAGAAGUUGACCAAGUACUUACCCAAAGAAUGGAAGCAAGACUCUGGGAAGGGUUUGGAUAGGAGAGCCUUUCCUCUAGUUCUUUGCUUAAAAGUGCAGUACUAUGUUGAGAAUGGCAGACUCAUAAGUGAACGCAAGGCACGGCAUCUGUACUACUCUGACCUCCGUGAGCGCGUGUUGCGCUCCGAAUGCCGUCAACAGGAGGAGGUGUACUUUCAGUUAGCAGGUUACGCCAUGCAAGCGGACCUCGGUGACCACCAGCUGCCAAAAAAGGGGGAAGAGGUUGCCCCUUACUUCGAACCUAAGGAGUACUUUCCUCCAUGGAUAAUAGCCAAGCGGGGAUUGAACUAUCUCCUCUGCCAUGGUCCCAAAGUGCACCAGGAACUGUUGGGCAUGUCAGCACGUGAUGCCAUCCUCCUCUUCAUAAGAGAGUCAUGUCGUCUGGAGGAUGUACCAGUCACUUUUUACCGACUACAAAAGGACAAGAAGGAAGAGAGAGGAAUGGCGGUACUCGGCCUGACCCUGAGAGGAAUGCAGGUUUAUCAGGAGGUGAACAACAUCAGACAGCUGCUAUAUGACUUCCCCUGGUCCAUUGUGGGACGACUUACAUUCCUGGGAAAAAAGUUUGAGAUCCAACCGGAUGGCUUGCCGUCAGCUAGGAAGCUUGUUUACUACACAGGGUCAUCAUUCCGUUCUCGACACCUGCUCUUGCACCUGAGCCGCAGCCAUCGCAUCUACCUCAGCCUCCAGCCUGCCCUUAAACACCUCCGCCAGCUGGAGGAGAGUGAAGAAAAAAAAAGUUACAGAGAGUCGUACAUUAGUGAUGAUCUCGACUUGGACCCACCAGGCAGUGAGAGCAGCCCGGGGUUGUCCCGAGUCUCCACUAGUAGCUCGGGCAUAGAAGCCGACAACCGCCAACACAGCAUCUCCACAGAGAUUAUCUCCAUGGAGGAGGAAUCUAGUUCCUGUACGUCUGGCAUCGGCAGCGGGAGGAAAGCUCACACAAAGGAUGAGGAGUGGCAAGAGGAAGAAUUGAAGGCUGAUUUUAGACAGAAAGAUCUCUUGGAAUAUCCAGAGGAGAUGUUCCAGCUGGCUGAUCUUCUUGAUGGUAUGUCGGUGGAUUGCACACUGUCCUCUGGGACAGAAUCGCAAGUAAACAAAGUGUGCAUCCCAGAAAAUGAGGAACUGCUCCAGAAUGAAGAUAACUCAAGUAUACAAGUGUUGGAAACUAGGUCGCACGCUUGUGUGGACCGGCAUAGCCACAGUCUUGACGAUAUUAGUUUGUUCCCACCUCAGACACCUCUGGGCACUGCACUGCCAGCAGAUUCUUCACACAGCUACACCUUCGGCCUUUCAAACACCUCAGCGGACAUGAAGAUGCCCACGGAUCACAACUAUUUUCCUUUUUUGCACUACCAAGCCAAACCUUCCUUCUACGGUCGCAGGUCUACCAACCGUUUGUCACUAGACCUGCUAGCAGACGAACAAUUCCUCGAGUUCAUUCUGUGA